AUGCGAGAUGGCGAUCGCUCUGCCACCUCCUCUUCUUCCCCUUCCGCGUCGGCGCGACCAGCCACGAUGGAGGUGGUCGUGCAGACGCCGUUCAUUGCUGUCGAGGGGCUUGGUGCCGACUCAGUCGCUGCCGCCAACGACGAUGCGCAAAAACGUCCGGUACGGCCGCAACAUCACGCUGACGGGCCUGACUCAGCUUGCCUCACCUACACGGACUCGUGCCUCACAGCGAGGCUGGCUGAAGUUAUCGCCGAUGAGCUCUUGCAGCGGCACGGAGGCGUAGGUAGCCGCAGGAUUCGCAGUGCCUCGGCAACAACCGCAGCAGCCGCAGCAGAGAACCGUGAAGUGCUGACGUUCACAAUGGGGCCGCAGGGCGCGGGCAGCUCCUCUUUCCUCUUUGGCGGCACGCUGGGGUGGCCAUCGAGGCAGCGAGCACCGUCAACGACGGUAUCGCCGUCAUCCCAGGCUUUGGGCGGAUUGUUCGCUGCCGUGCUGAGCCGUCUUUUCGCGCCGGCCGACGCGCCUGUUGACACCCGCGUUGUGGCAGCCAUGAGUGUGACGGAGGUGCGCGACGCGGCCCCGCUCCGCCAUCCUUCUGUGCUGCAGCGACCGCGAUCGACGGUAGACCUGCUCUCUGGCGCCGUGCUGCGCACCGAGAUCGACGAAAUGGAGGGGGUGGACGACUCUGUUGAUCACCCGUCUGACAUACCGGCAGCUUGCUAUGUGCGUGUGGAGUCUAUUCACGACGCCAUGGCGGUGCUCUACGCGGCUCUGUCGUGCUCGGUCGGCUGGCGGCGCACUCACCCUCUGACAGGCGAGGCGGGGCAUCCAGAGGCGAAUGCGUCGUCCUCGUCGCCGACCGCCUUCGCGUUCUUGCAGCCGGCAGGCGAGCCGCUAGAGGAGAGGAUGUGCCACGUGUGUGUGACCCUCAUCGUUUCCUGCGAGCCGGUCAGACCACUGGAGCACCAGGAGACGCAACACCCGCCGUCGUGGACGGCGCGGCGUGCGAUGGAUUACUUCGGUGACGAGGCCGGUCACAAGCGUCGCUCAUCCGGUCCUGCCGCACUGCUCUCAGCGGCGUCAGCAGUGCUGUCACCAGUUGGUAUCUGGAAGUUGUGGGACGUGGCCGGCCCCAGCGUGUCCUGUGGCUACCGUCCACUGAAGGCCUCCUCUCCACAGAGCGCAGGGGGUCAGGAAGUCAGAUCUGCCGUAGACCGCACAACGACGGCCCUGGCAGCAGAGAGACGCGCCGCCUCCGCCCAUCUGCCCACACCGCUACUGCCGUGGAGCAGUCGAUACAGCCUUGCUGCCCUCACGCACACCUGUCUCGCAGAGGUCGGCGCUACGCUGAGCACUUCCUCCUUGUCUAGAGGGUCCGUUGACAGCUUGACUCCUGUUCUGCACCAUGACACUAGCGCCUCCCUCCAGAUCGCGUCUAGUGCAGUAUCAUCGUGCUCCCUGGUCGUGCCGAUCUGCGCCGUGGUAGCGGAGGCGACGGUAGAUGACGUCAACAGCGAGGUGCUGGCUGCUGCAGCUGGUUGGGCUGCACUUGGGCGAGAGCAUCAGCAGAAAGGGCAACAAUACCACCACCAGGGGCGGCCCCGUGUGCGCGGUCUUGAUAACGCAGAUGCAGCGAGGCGAGUGCUGCAGGAGUACGCGGUGCUGUUGAGGGAUUUCGUGUCAGAGCGCUAUGGCGCAGCCGAUGACGGUGGCACGGCUUCACCGCCCUUUGCGACAGCGCGAUCGCCAUCGGCGUCGUUGAUGGCUUCGCGGUUGCCGGUUGACAAGGAUGAGGAAUGGGGCAGUGCGAGGACGGAAGCUACGCCCGCUUCACGAGCUCCUCCGAUGCAAGCAUCACUGCCCACCAGUGUGGCGGCUGACAGCUCUCGUGGUGCAGCGGCCAGCGAGUGUGGCGUCGCACUGUGCGUCGGUGCCGCUCCGAUGAGAAGUGUGUCUCUGAACACUGUGGCAGUCGGCACCGACGCAGCGGUGACAGUGCCGCUCAGCAUCAAUGUGACUGGGGACGCGGAAGACUCUACCGGCUUUAGCCUUCGACCACGAGCGGAGGCAGAUGUGCGAUCUACGAAGCUCGUGGACGUCCCACAAGACGCUCGCCAUCAGGCUCACGCUGACACGCGCGCCGUGGGAGCGGUGAGGAGCACAGACGAGGCAGCGCUUUCUACAGCCCCUCCUGCGACUUGGGCAGCCAGCGUGGCUGCCACGUGCGCCACGGCCGCGACACACGCCGAGGCGGCGCGGCUGCGGCGCUUCCACGCUCUCUUCGAGUCUGAGUCUUUCGACGUGGGCGAGAGAGCGGAGCUGGCUGCUGCCAUGAGGGCUGUGGGGCAGGACGAAGAGCCAAGUUUUGACACCAGGGACGUCAUGGCACAUGAUGGACAUCACAAGCAGCAGACGCCUCUACCGCAGCACACACCACGAGUGGGAAAUUCCGGCUCUCCACCUUCUGUGCUUCGAACCGGUAGACGUCCAGGUGCCGGGGCACGCACGCGUGAGCCAAGCUCGCUCGAGGGACUGCGAGCGCCCCUGCCGUCAGCACCAUCACACAUCGGUGUCGAGCCUGCGGUACAUGACUCGAUGGCAGACAUCGACACCACCGCCGUGUCUCUGUGCCAUCCCCAAGCGCUCCUCUACGACGCAACUAUCGCCUCUCAAGAGGAAGGGCCGUGUGCGGCGGAGGCCGUAGCUUCCACGGCCUGUGACGCUGCACCUCACGCCUGUGAGGGCCCCGCGCACACGCCAGCGCCUUCCUUGCCCCCUCCGGACGGGGCCCUCGCCGCCUUUCUGGGGCCUUACUGUGACGAGUUUGUACGGCUGUGUGACCAAAUGCGCGCCGACGUGCAGGCGUGGCGCGCGCAUGAGGCUGCAAUGCUUGACCAGCUGUCUGCCCUAGCAGAGCGUCACAGUCGCGAUAUACAGGAGGUGGCUACGCUUCAGCGGCGUCUCGCCGCCGAUUUCGGCUCUGUGGACGCUACGCCAGUAUCCAACGGAGCUUCGACGUUGCUUGGUGCACGAGGCAGCAGAACUGAUGUUGGGGCUCUUCUGCGUGGUGCGCUCACUGACGGCGACCCGGACCUUGCCACGUCCCGCAGCGUGACCUUCGCGUCCACCAGCACCCUCAUCUUCGAGCAGCUCGUGAGAUCGGAGGAGAAGGUGGCAUGGCUGGAGCGACAACUCGUGGAUUGGCGCCGUCGUGCGCGCGAGGCGUCCAUGCUUAACAUGAGUAGCGCAAACGUCGAUGCCGCGCCGCUGAUUGCAAGCGAGGCGGAUGACGAGUCGGCGCUGGAGCUGUCUUCCUCUCCUCCUGCAGUGACGUCAAGGGGCUCCGCUACGGUAGGGAGUCUCUUCUCUGGGGUGAGAGAGGACCCGGCGGCCCCGCACAUGCGCGAGGCCAAGGCACUUCUGCAGCGCCUUCUUCAGCGUUGCACUCGCGCCUACGCAGCAGCGCAGCAGCGGGGGGAUCGCUGGCACGCGCAGUUAGCGCAGGAGCAGGCGGCCAAGUCCGCUUUACAGGAGCGCGUGAUGCAGCUGGAGGCAGAGCUGGCGGGGCUGCGCCGCCAGCGCAGCGGUGCGGCCGCUUCGCCGUAUCGUCACUACCCUCCUUCCCCGACGAGAGAUUGGGCUUCGAGUGGUGCCCACGCAGGUGGUGCAUCUCGUCCGCCAACAGACUCGCCACCUAUCCGCUUCACUGCAUCGCCUUCUCAUCCAGCGGCUGCGCUGGGCUCUCACUCUCUAUAUUGUACGCUGGAUGACGUGGAUGCGGAGCGCUCCUUGCUGACUGCCGCGCCGGUGAGUCCUAUCGCCAGCGACAUCGCCCCGUCGCUGCCAUCAUCGUCGGUAUCUCGCGGCUUACAACGCCGGGGCGACGAUGUAGCAGACCCUGCAACACUGUGGGACCGCAUGAACGCACAGCGGCUAGCCACGCAUGGAAGAAACAGUGCAGGCGAUCCUGCAGGCACCGACUCCUUCGACGCUGUUUCAACUCAGCUAGCGGUGCUCCUCUCGCGCGCCGUGCAGAGCGGGGACGUCCGUGCCCCGUCUGCCAGAGCUGAUCUCCACAUUGGUACUGUGGCGGCAUCGACGUCAGUGGCGGCUCCAGUGUCUUUGUUCGAAAUUCAUGUUGGUGCGUCGAGCGCCGUCUCGAGCAGAGGCCCCGACUCGCCCUUCCGCCGUGCUGCCUCACGCCCUUCCGCUUCAGCGUCGUUCUCCUUUGCCGGGGAUGCUCCGCAGGUGGCGGCGCGCACCGAAGACCAAGCCGGCAACGUAGAGAGUCGCGAACCACGGCAACGCCGACCGCCGCCAUCGCGACCGCAGCACGAGCGGCGCGUAGAGGCGGGAGCGACACCGCCUUCGACAACGCACCGCAGUGCAUGCGGGAUCGACGAAGGCACAUGCGAUGGUGAAGGGCUGCACCAUCAAGUCAGCGCGGGAACGAUGAAAAUUGGCGGCGGCGCACUGGUGUGUGCAGCAUCGCACCCGCCACCAUCGCAGUGCCGCGCCACCAGCGCUGGCGAACUUGAGGUGUACCCCAGCGCUGCACUGGAGGCUCUGGGGAGGGCUGCCACGCAACUGGAGGCGGAGGCUGUGCGCUUGUGCUGCGCUGCUUACAACACAUCGGAUACCGCACCGGGUAGCCAAUACCACGUAGCGGCGAUCGAGCGUAGACAACUCUGUGGGGGCAAUGAGGUGGCUGUUCGCAGGGACGAAGAGAUCAGAGCUGUGCAUCCCUCCUCGCCCUCCUCUCUCUGUCAGUCGAUGGGGCAGCUUCGAUCUGCGACGCAGGCUGUGCAGCGCGAGGCUCGCGACGCUGCCGAGCGCGAGAGGGCGUACCUCUCUGCGAUACUCUUCUCCUCUACUGCCGCCGGCUCGGACUGA